CAACCCAUCUCUAUCCAAAAAUCCAGUGAGAAUUUAGAUGGCGCCAAGGUCCAAAUCUCCGUCCAUCCGAGCCUUCCCCACCAAUGUCCCUCCUCUCAUCUGCUUGCUUACCCUCCUCCUUUCCUCGUCUCUCCUUCCCGGAUCCACGUCCCAAAGUACAUCGCCGGAAGACGAGAAACAAACUCUCCUAAAGAUAAAGGCCGGCUGGGGAAACCCUCCUGCUCUUGGCUCUUGGAGUAACUCCGGUACCCGCGACCACUGCGACUGGGCCGGAAUCCUCUGCACUAAUGGCUCCAUUACUGAAAUAUCGCUCCCGGCACAAAAUAUCACAGGACCGAUUCCUCCGGCCAUUUGUGACCUCAAAAACCUUUUUAUUCUCGAUCUCCCUUAUAACGAUCUCUCAGGACCUUUCCCAAUUACCCUCUACAACUGCACCAAUCUCGAGUACCUGGACAUCUCUCAGAACCUCUUCGUCGGCGAGAUCCCUGCCGAUAUCUACCGAAUGUCUUCCCGUCUCGCCCAUCUCAACCUGUCUCAUAAUAACUUCACCGGCGAAAUCCCCCCCUCGAUGGGUCGGCUUGCGGCUCUCCGGUCGUUGCGACUCGACAACAAUCUCUUCAACAGCUCGUUCCCAGCUGAGCUGGGCAACCUUUCCGCUCUGGAGACCCUCACUCUCGCAUGGAAUCCCUUCACCCCCACGAGACUUCCUCCAGAAUUCGGGAAGCUGACCAAAUUGAGCUUCUUUUGGAUGACAAGAACGAAUAUUUUUGGUGAGAUCCCGGAGUCUUUCGGGAAUUUGGUGGAAUUGGAGCAGCUAGAUUUGGCGUGGAAUUCUCUCAAUGGAACAAUUCCCGGCUGGAUCUGGGAGCUGGAGAAGCUAAAGUACCUCUAUCUAUACACCAACAAAUUCUCCGGCGAGAUCAAUGGGACGAUCAGAGCCUUCAAUUUGGUCCAGCUCGACAUCUCCAUGAACCAGCUGACCGGAUCCAUACCGGAGGAUAUAGGAAAGCUCAAGAAUCUCUCUCUUCUAUUCAUGUACUACAAUCGCUUGUCUGGUGAGAUUCCGGCAAGCAUCGGAUUGCUCCCCAACCUGCAAGACAUCCGACUCUUCAGCAACAAUCUCACAGGGGUUUUGCCACCGGAAUUUGGGAAGCACUCCCCACUGUGGAAUUUCGAAGUCCAGUGGAACAGCAUUUCCAGCAAGUUGCCGGAGUAUCUCUGCGCCGGCAAGGCUCUGACCUCGCUGAACGUGUUCGACAACAACUUAACCGGUGAGGUGCCGGCGUCCCUCGGCGACUGCUCGACGCUGGAUAACAUUCAGCUCUACCGGAACGCAUUCUCCGGCGACUUCCCCGCCGGAAUCUGGUCGGCCGUUAACCUGACCACCGUCCUCAUCCACGAUAAUGCACUUUCCGGCACUCUUCCAGACGAGCUCCCAUGGAAUCUAACCCGAUUGGAAAUGCAAAACAAUAGAUUCACCGGCAAGAUCCCAUCGACCGCGAAGAAUCUGGCGGUGUUCAAGGCGAGCAACAACUUGUUCACUGGCGAGAUCCCGGCAACACUAGCUGGUAUAUCCCGGCUCCAGAUGCUCUCCCUCGGCGGAAACCAGAUCUCGGGAUCGAUCCCGCCAGCGGUCUCGGCAUGGACGUCCCUCAACGUCCUCAACCUUAGCGACAACCGGCUCUCUGGUGAGAUCCCGGCAGCGCUCGGAUCGCUCCCGGUGCUGACCUCCCUCGACCUCUCCGGCAACCAGCUCUCCGGCGAGAUCCCCCGGGCGAUCGGCAAACUGACGCUCAACUUCCUCAACCUCUCCUCGAACCAGCUCUCCGGAGAGAUCCCGGCCUCGCUGCAGAACCAAGCGUACGACCGUAGCUUUCUGGCCAAUUCCGGCCUCUGCUCCUCCUCCAACUCCAUCAAGGAUCUCCGCCAGUGUGGAUACCAAUCGAAAGGCUCCGAUAAGCUCUCCAAGGGACUCCUCGUCCUCUUUCUGGUCCUCGGCGCAGCCUUCUUAUUGGCCGUGGUCGCGAUAGGUUACUCGAUGGUGAGAGAGCACCGUCGGAGGAAGAUGGACGGUGAUGAUAUCGACUCGUGGAAGCUCACGUCAUUCCACGCUCUGGAUUUCACGGAGCACAACGUUGUCCCUAAGCUCACCGAGAGCAAUUCGAUCGGGAGCGGUGGAUCAGGGAUGGUCUACCGUGUCGUCCUCCGAGAUCGUGCAGAGGAGAUCGUGGCCGUCAAAAAGAUAUGGAACAACAGAAAGCUGGACGCUAAGCUGGAAAAGCAGUUCCAGGCAGAAGUUGACAUCCUGGGUUCCAUCCGGCACGGCAAUAUUGUGAAGCUCUUGUGCUGCAUCUCAAAUGACGACUCCAAAUUGCUCGUGUACGAAUACAUGGAGAAUGGAAGCCUGAACCAGUGGCUGCACAGGUUGCAGAGAACGGAAGAUGGCCAGGAGCGUUCUAAUCCGUUGGAUUGGCCGACAAGGCUGGGGAUUGCGAUCGGAGCAGCACGGGGUCUUUGCUAUAUGCAUCAUGACUGCUCUCCACCCAUCGUACAUCGAGAUGUGAAGUCCAGCAACAUACUACUGGAUGCAGAAUUUGGUGCCAAGAUCGCAGACUUCGGUCUGGCUCGGAUGCUGGCUAAAGGCGGCGAGCCCGAAAGUGUGUCAGUUAUAGCAGGCUCUUUCGGAUAUAUGGCUCCAGAGUGUGGACACUUGAGGAAGGUCAAUCAGAAGGUGGACGUAUUCAGUUUUGGGGUGGUUCUUUUGGAGCUGGUAACCGGAAGGGGAGCCAAUGUUGGGGGUGAGGAUGAAUGCCUGACAGAAUGGGCAUGGCGCUAUUACCAAGAGGGUGGUGGGUUGAUUGAUAUCAUAGAUACGGAGAUUCGAGAUCCUGUGCUUUACUUGGAUGAGAUGGAGGUGGUGUUCAGGCUAGGCCUAUUCUGCACAGCGAAAGUGCCUUCAAGCAGGCCUUCAAUGAAAGAGGUGUUACAAGUCCUAGCAAAGUGUGAUAAAAGGCUGGGGCCUCAAAAUACGCUUCACGAUGCGGCUCCUCUUCUACAAACCAAAAAGGGUAGCCGGCGUAAAAGCCGGUCAGAUGCAAGCGAAAGAGAAGAUCACGUUUAUUUGGCAGAUCUAGUUUAGGUGAGACUGCUUCACAUCUUGUUCUGCACAGCAUUUGAGAAUCCAGGUCCUCUCACUUUGUACAUGAAUUGAAGAGAUCUACGUUAUAUAUCGCGCAAAGGGCGGGUUUAGGGAUAGGGGGAGGCAUGUCCCAAGCAUGGUUUCUCUGUGCCGGGGGCGUUAUACUCUUCACGUUGGCCAGCACGAGUACAUAGUUAUACUGAUGUAACGAGGUGAUCUAACGACCAUGCAAGCAGGGAGGAACCAUACAGCAUGGUCAAUCCUAUCCAAUUAAUCACCCCCUUAAUAUGAUCAAAUGAAUGGUGGAUGAUUGAACAUUACCUCCCAGUGAGUGGAGAAGAUCUAAACCACAUGGAAGACACCCUCAACCUAUAAGAUGAGCAGCCGCUACGGGCAGUUUAACACUUGCUCAAAGGAAUAUGCUAUCUUCACAUGUAUUAAUGCUGCAAAAUUAUUUGCUUAUAUAUAUGUGCUCAUGAUUUAUCCUCCAAA